UCGGCCGCUUUUCGUUUUUCUGUUUGAUCAGAUCGAAAAGUGAGUUGGUCGAGCGAACAACCGAACCGAACCGAACUGAACUGAACUGAACCGUCAAGAACGAGUCAGGAAGCGAACAGACAAGCCACUCGAUUCAGGAGCAAAAGACGAGGAUUACAGACACCACAGAGACAGAGACAUAGGACGCGCGGGUGUAACAUUACAAGAAAUCCAUCCGACAACCAACAAACAAGCAAAAAAAUAAACAAACGAGAAACAUCAAUUUCAAGUGUGAUUCAAAAAAUAAUAAUACAAAUUAUUCGAGUGACAUUUUGCUACAAAUCAAUAGAUCGAUCGAUCGAUCGAUCGCUCGAUUCGACUCGAUUCGUUUCGUUUCAUUUCGAUCAGAUUCGAUUUGAAACCUGAUUUGUUGUGAUUGUGUUUGUGUGUAAUUUGGAUGAUGUUGAGCCACAGCCAUGGGUUCUGAGCGUGCCAGCGAGCUAGAGCUGGAGCGGGAGCACUGAUUCGAAUUCAAUUACAAAUUUCAUUGAGUGUCAAUUACAACAGCAGAACAGCAGCAGGCGCAUACGCACGAAUUGAGAUCGAUCGAUUCCAGUCAGCUAGCCAGUUAGCCAUUCAGCCUGCUAGCCUGUGAGCCUGUUAGUCUCUUAGCAGGAGCCAGAGCCAUAGAGCCAUAAAUCAUGCCUUCGACAUUGAUGUUGCUGCCGUGCAGCGUGUUGCUGCUGCUGCUGCUGACCACUGUCGGCGGCACGCGACUGCCCCUCGAGGUGUUCGAGAUCACGCCGACCAGCACGGCGGAGAAGCACAAGAGUCUGGAGUACACCGUCUUCGAUGCCAAAGAUGUUGCCGCAGCCGCCUCAGCAACAGGUGCAGCAACAGGAGCCACUGUUGCAGCAAUCUCUAGCAGCAGCAGCAGUAGUAGCAGUACAGUGAGACCCACGCCGGAGCAACUGACCGUGGUCAGCAUCUCGACGGCGGACCAGGAACAGGAGCUGUUGGCCGAGUCGCGGCGACGCGCCCGCCAAAUGUUGCAAAAACAGCAGCAACAUCGCAGCAACAGCAAGCACGGACGCGGCGACAAGGAUGUCCGCAUCCUCUACCAAGUGGGGGACUCUGAGGAUGACUUGCCCGUCUGUGCCCCAAAUGCCGUCUGCUCCAAAAUCGACUUGUACGAGACUCCCUGGAUUGAACGCCAGUGCCGGUGUCCUGAAUCCAAUCGCAUGCCCAACAAUGUCAUCAUCCACCAUCACGGCCAUGCCGGGGGAUCUGUGGACUCACCGAAGUACAGGAACUACUUCGAGCGGGAGAAAUUGCUGCAGCACAAGCGGAUGCUGUUCGGAGAGUUCCAGGACAAGAAAUUCGAGAGCCUGCACCUCAAGAAGCUGAUGCAGAAGCUGGGCGCCGUCUACGAGGAUGAUCUGGAGGACCACCUGGACCAGUCGCCGGACUACAACGACGCCGUGCCCUACGCGGAGGUGGAGAACAACGAGUUCCCCCGUGGGGGAUCAGCCCACAUGCGCCACUCCGGCCAUCGUGGCCUGAAGGAGUCAGCCGCGAGCUUCAUCGGAGGCUGUCCCAGCAGCUUGGGAGCGGAGGAUGGACACACCAUAGCAGACAAGACCAGGCACUACAAGCUCUGUCAGCCCGUUCACAAGCUUCCAGUUUGCAAGCACUUCCGCGACUACACCUGGACCUUGACCACGGCAGCCGAGUUGAAUGUCACCGAGCAGAUUGUCCACUGCCGGUGUCCCAGGAACUCAGUCACCUAUCUGACCAAGAGGGAGGCCAUCGGGGACGGCAGUCAGGGCUUCAGAUACCUCUUCGCCUGCUCUCCACUGACGCGCCUUCGCUGUCAGCGCAAGCAGCCUUGCAAAUUGUUUACGGUCCGAAAACGCCAGGAGUUCCUGGACGAAGUCAACAUCAACGCACUGUGCCAGUGCCCCAAAGGACACCGCUGCCCCAGCCACCACACACAGUCCGGCGUGCUGGCCGGCGAGAGCUUCCUGGAGGACAACAUACAGACGUACUCCGGCUACUGCAUGGCCAACGAUUGAGGAGGUCCUUCGACAAGGAGCUCUAUUGGAUCAUUCCACACCAACACACACCCAUUGUAAAGGAGGAAAGCAGGAGCGGAGCGGAGCGGGGAGCAGCUACUAUAUAGAUAUAUCGACUGAGCCAAUUGAGUCUCGCCAAGUUAACAAUUUAAACAAAAAAAAGAAUGAGAGGAGAAGCAUAACGAACAUCUUAAAAAUACAAGCCUAGAACUAAAAUGCACUUCUACAGAAUCACUACAGAAGCUUUGAAGCGAAAGGAGCGUUUGUGUUUUUAUGUUUGCUACCAAAUUUUGGUCAUAAAACGUAUGAUAUAAAUAUUUAAUUAGUUUUAAGCAUCGAUAUACGCGCAGCUUGUUAUACAAAUAAUUUGUAAUGGAUAUUUAUGAAUGAAGGGGCAAGACAAGAGCAACACAUGCAGCGAGGAGCAGGAGUCGCAGGAGUGGCAGGGAGCAGACCUCUUCUCAGAUGUAAUAUAGCAACAAACUAUACUCGUAAUCUAAACCGCAUAACUUGUAUAUAUUUUAUAACUAAACCUAAUGACUAAAGCUAUAUAUUAAAAGGAAAACUUACGUAAAGAAACGCAGCAAACGUCAAAGAUCCCUAUGCGUGUGCCAAAAUGUAGAAGGGUGCAGAUAGUUAUCGUAAGGACACUACAUGGUAUAUCAUUGAAUAAUUCAUAGCUUGAGCACGGGACGAGGGCAGUUCGAAACUGUGCUGUGCCAACAGUGGCAACCCUGGCAGCUGUUUAGUGCAAUUUUUAAUCGGGUUUCUAGGUAUCUAGGAUUGCACGAAGCUUUUUACUCCCAAAUAUAAUCAUAUAAUCCCUCUCCUCCAACACACAUAAUACGUAGUAACCACCAUGACUCCUCCCCUUUCCCAAUUAUCUAACUAUUAUUGUAAAUCGAUGUAAGCUUCUAAAUUUUUGUAUAUUUUAAAAACGAGAGCAACGAAAUUGAACGAAGAUUCGGUUCAGAACAUUUGUAAAAAGGCAAAGAAUAAACUUUUAUUUAUGAAAAAAAA